AUGGCAAGUUCAUAUAAAUUCCAAGGAUGGAUGGCAUUAGAUAAGGAGGCGGCCAAGGGAAGUAUGGUAUGGCAAGAAUUUGAACCGAAGACCUGGACAGAGGAUGAUGUCGAUAUUAAAAUCGCCUACUGUGGUAUCUGUGCGUCUGAUAUUCAUACUUUAAGGUCUGGAUGGGGCCCGUCAAACUAUCCGUGCUGUGUAGGACAUGAAUUGACUGGUACUGCGGUGAAGAUCGGAAAGAAUGUAAAGCACAUCAAGCUCGGCGAUCGAUGUGGUGUCGGUGCACAAUCCGGUGCUUGCCUCAAGCCAGAUUGCGAGGAGUGCGCAAGUGGAUUAGAGAACCAUUGCCCAAGAAUUGUUGGAACUUAUAACAUGGCAUACCCCGAUGGCUCCAAGUCCUACGGUGGUUAUGCAGAUUACUGGCGGGGUCCAGCCAAUUUCGUUUUCAAGAUUCCUGACGAACUUUCUCUUGCCGAGGCUGCUCCUAUGCUGUGUGGAGGUAUCACAGUAUGGUCACCCCUUGUCAACAACGGAGCCGGACCAAACAAACGAGUCGGCAUAGUUGGCAUCGGAGGUUUGGGUCACUUUGGUCUUCUAUGGGCUAAGGGUCUCGGCUGCAAAGAGGUUGUUGCAAUUUCGCGAACAAACGGGAAGAAAGCCGAUGCAGAGAAGAUGGGUGCCACCAGAUUUAUUGCCACCGAGGAGAAAGAUUGGUCCAAGAAGCACGCCAGAUCACUUGACUUGAUCAUUUGCACUGUAUCCAGCCCAGACAUGCCAAUUGAUGGAUAUCUUCAGUUGUUGAGAACCAAAGGUGAAUUCAUUCAAGUCGGAGCGCCGGAGGAUGUUAUCCCACCUUUGAAUAUGUUUUCCUUGAUUGUGAAAGGACUCAAGAUUGGAGGUAGUGCUAUCGGUACACCAAAGGAGAUCAAUGAGAUGCUCGAGUUUGCUGCCAAAAAUAAGAUCCAUCCAUUCAUUGAGGAGAGACCAAUGUCGGAGGCAAACCAAAUUAUUGUUGACAUGGAGGAUGGAAAGGCUCGAUUCCGCUAUGUCUUGGUGAAUGAAAAGCAUGCAAAUGAAUUAAAGCAGUAG